GUCCAUUACAGUCUAUGGGUGCAACAGGCUGCAGGUGUUUAAGUCAGACACCGUUGGCAACAAAAUCUAGACAACUUAUUAAAAGCAGGAGUGGAAGCAGAGUGCGGUUGUUGAGCCUAGACAGGAGGUGAGCGUGCUGCAGAGAGAAUGGCGAGACUGUCACAGAUGCCAGCCAAGGUCAGAUAAAGUGAGGAGUAAGUGCUUGGAGAGCUCCAGGAGCAGAGGCCAGCCCUGUGGAGGAGGUAUGAAAGAAUGGCAGGCUUCAGUUGUUGAGGGGAGGGUGUUCAUCUAAAAGAUGAAAAGACCUGCGCCUUUAAGAGGGCUGUCUCCACUUUCCCUCAUGCUCCCCCUCAACCACACAGACACUCCUCCUGUGAGCAUUUGUGAGGCAGCCCCUGUCCCUUAUGUCUCUUUGUGGAGAACAGAAUAGACUUUCCAGAGCAUCACUGGAGACAAGACAGAGCUCAAGGGAGGACACCCUGGGUGCAGACCUCAUCGCAGACCUGGCCUCAGUUACUCUGGAUGCCAAGAGGAGCUCAAGGAGAGGAGGGACAGACUCACUCAAGCUGGAGUAAAACAUCAAACAUACAGGAGGUGGAACUUAACAGCUGGACAACCCAAGAGGUCAAUUCUGAGUUGAGGGCGACAUGAUCAGCUGAUCACAACCAACAACGCUGGACUGGAUGGCUCAGAAAAGGUGGAGUCUGUAGAUUGUAGCUCGAGUUUCUCUUUCAAAAAGUUUUGUCGAAGAAGAAACAACAAAGUACUUCUUAUCUUUUGCAGCUAUUAGAUAAAAGCACUAUUUUAAAUGCACAGAAAUGAAGGAGAAGAAUCAUUUAGCUUAGUUUUUCUAUUAUUUUUAUCCAUCUCCAAAGCGCUUUCCAUAUAGUCAUUUGUGUUUUGAAAUUGGGACACUCUUUAAAGAACAACUUGUCUGGUCCCCGCAGUGCUCUUAACUCACCAGCCGGGCGUUUAUCUUAUUUCUGCAGCUCUUUCUGAGAGCGAGAAUUAAAGACUUCAGUGAUAGUGCUCUUGGGAAACGGGCAGAGUUUCUUAUAAGAAGUCUUGAAACUUUACAGCUUCUGACGGAAGAGAGAGAGAGCCAUAUACAUGAGGAAAUGAUGCUGAGCUCUGUUCCAUGUGGGAGAGUGUGAGACUGGACUAAUAUUGGUUUUGAGCACUGAAGACAGCAGAAAUGUUUACAGGGUGUGGAGUGGUCAGCGGCCAGAACCAGUAUCUUCCCAGAGAUGCUGUCGGGCCCCACCUAGGACUAGAGGUGAACCGAGCGAUCCAGAUGGAGAAUGGGGUGACAUCAGGGACCUGCUCUGUCUACCAGGAUCAAACUUACUGUAAUGCAGGCCAGCAAGCGGUGGUAAACAAUGGCUCAAAUCUGCUGAAGUCAAAAACAGUACAAGUCCCUCCGCCUGCUAUCAAACUGGGGCAGGAAGGGUUCAAGAAAGUCUGUCGAACGGAGGAGGACAGCCCGUGUCCCUUUCCUGGACUGGCCUCAGGGGUGCUGGAGAUGCGCGUAAAGGAAGGAAGUAAGAUCCGCAACUUAAUGGGAUUUGCUAUGGCACGGAUGCAGGGGGAGAAGGGCGGUGUGAGCAGCGAUGGGCUCAGGCAGGUGGUCUUCACUGGGUCAGGUCGUGCGGUCACAAAGACCAUCACAUGUGCUGAGAUCAUGAAAAGAAAAGUGGGCGCGCUGCACCAGCUGACCAAGCUGCGGUACAAGGUGGUGAAAGAGGUGUGGGAGAGUUCUGAAGGAGGGACAUCUGAGAUGACGGUGCACAGGACUGUUCCCUCCAUCAGCAUCCUUCUUUCCAAAGACCCACUGGAUCCCCAGGAGCCGGGCUAUCAGCCCCCAGAGACUCUCAGUGCAUUGUGGGAGGAAAAAGAGGGUGUGGAAAUUGCCGUCUCGCAGACAGGUACAUGCAAGCGACCAUUUGAACCUUUGCCAUACAGCAGCUUCCCUCAGUGCAAGAGAGUGUGUUUGGGGGAAGGGGUCUCCGUCCUCCCUCCUCACUGACUGGCUGAACCAGUGUCAAACACUGGAGAGGAUUGAAUCAGAGGAGUUCAUUUGGCGCUGCCCUCCACUCAAGCACAAUGCUGAGACAAUCAGAACACUCACUCAGACAGAACAGUGCUUUCUUACAAGAACUGAGUACCAAUUCCAGCCUCCAGAGGUCAGUUCGGCUGGGACCCAAAAGCUUGCCUCUGUACAUACAGCAUUUAAGGGAUGUGAUUCUCUGCACGUCCAACAUGUUCAGAGCUGUGACGACGUUUGCUACAGUGCUGUAACAUUUUAAACACAGACAGAAAAAAAGCCAUGAAUAGAACAGGUUCAAGAUUCCUGCUUGCAGCAAACUGUCUAAUGUCUGUGAACAACAAAUUUGUUAGCAUCAUGUUACAAUCAUCUCUAUUCCUACAUGUGCAAAAGUGAAGCCUCUAAAAAUACAUACAGACCUGGGAACAGGAAAUAAAAACAGCUUGAAGCCAUUGAUGGUAAGACAAAUGCAAAAACAUACCGAUUUGAUUUGAUUU